CGCCAUCCACCCCGCACCUGCAAACACACACUCGCCCCCUCCUCCACCUCGGACACCUUCCAUUCCAUCUGCACACGCAACCCCUGGUCUGGCCGGAUGAGUUACCACCCGGUGGACACGAUAGGGAGUCCAUUCAGGAGAAGUAUGAAUAGUAGGACCAACUACGGCCGCUCCACUGGCUCCCCCUCCAGCGGGUUCCGUUCUCAGUCCUGGUCCCGGGCAAGCCCAGGCUCCACGAUGACCUCCUCCUACAAGAGGAGCGUCAAUAUGCCGGUUGCCAGAGCGUACAGCUCCACACUCCUCAGCUCCGCCGACAGCGUUGAUUUCAAUCAAACGAACGGAGACUACAAGCGCUCCAACGAGAAAGAGCAGCUCCAGGGGCUCAACGACCGCUUCGCCGGUUACAUCGACAAGGUGCACUACCUGGAGCAGCAGAACAGCCAGAUCGAAGAGGAGAUCCAGACGCUGCGGCAGAAGCAGGUGUCGCAAUCCCAGCUAGGCGAUUUAUACGACCAGGAACUCCAGGAGCUGCGCUCCAUGCUGGAGCAGAUUCACCACGAUAAAGCGCAGAUCCAGCUCGACACGGACCACGUCGAGGAUGACAUCCAGAGAAUUAGGGACCGUUUCGAUGAGGAAGCCCGCAUCAGGGAUGAGACGGAAGGUAUCAUCCGGGCGUUGAAAAAAGGUAUGACCGACUCUGAUUUGGUGAAGUCAGAGUUGGAGAAGAAAGUUCAGUCACUGCAUGACGAGAUUGCCUUUAUCCGCAACAACCACGAAGAAGAGGUGAGCGACCUGUUUGCCCAGGUGCAGGCGUCGCAGGUGACCAUGGAGAGGAAAGACAUCCAGAAGACGGACAUCACCGAGGCGCUCCGGGAGAUCCGCACCCAGCUCGAGGGCCACUCCAACCAGAACCUGCAGCAGGUGGAGGACUGGUUCAUGUGCCGCUAUUCCAAGCUCACUGAUGCUGCGGCACAAAACAAAGAUGCAAUCAAGUCCGCCCGUGAUGAGAUAGCAGACUACCGUCGCCAGCUUCAGUCCAAGACCGUGGAGUUAGAGUCCGUCCGUGGAACCAGGGAGUCACUGGAGAGGCAGUUGAAUGACAUCGAGGACCGACACAACAACGACCUGUCCAGCCUGCAGGAGACCAUCCACCAGCUGGAUAAUGAGCUCAAGGGCACGAAGUGGGAGAUGGCGCGUCAUCUGCGUGAGUACCAGGACCUGCUCAAUGUGAAGAUGGCCCUCGACAUUGAGAUUGCUGCAUACAGGAAACUCCUAGAAGGUGAAGAGACCCACUUUAGCACUUUCCCCUACCGCCACACCGUCACCUCCUCUAAGAAGUCCAAGUAUGAGCCUCCCAAAUUGAAAGUCCAGCAUAAGUUUGUAGAGGAGAUCAUCGAGGAGAUCAGGGUAGAGGAUGAGAAGGAUGAGAUGGACCAGGCCCUGGCUGAGAUGGCCCAGGAGUUUUCUGCCACUCUGGAGGCAGAGGCAACAGAUGAAGGAGAGGAUGAGGGAGAAGAGGGAGGAGAAGAAGCAGAGGGAGAAGGGGGAGAGGGUGAAUCAGAAGAGGUUGUAGCCUCCACUGAAGCCCAAGUUAGCUCGAGCACACCUGCUGAGGAGGAAGAGGAGGACAAAGAAGGUGAAGAGGAAGGGGGAGAAAAAGAAGAAGAGGGUGAGAAAGGAGAAGAGGGUGAGGGUGAGAAGGGAGAUGAUACAGAAGGUGGUGAUGAGGGAGAAGGAGAGGGGGAAUUAGAGGAGACAGUCCUGUGCUCUAAAGCCCCAGAAUCAAAGGCCUCUCCUGACAAAGAGAAGGCUGGAGAGAAGGAGGGAAGCGGAGGAGAAGAGGAGACAGGAGAGGGAGAGGGAGAAGAGGAGGGUGAUGAUCAAGAUGAAGAUGCAGGUAGUGACAAAGGAUCCAAAGAUGGAGAUGAUAAGGAUGAGGAAGAUGAGAAGAAAGGAAAGGAUGAGAAAGAAGACAACAUAGAUGAGAAGGCAGCUGUAGCCAAGACAGAGGCUCCCAAAACAGAAGCCCCCAAGAGUGAGGCCCCAAAAGUUGAGGUCCAGAAAUCUGAGGCCCCAAAGCCCUCCAAGCCAGACUCCCUAAAAGCUGAAUCCCCAAAGGCUGGGUCCCCCAAGUCUGAGUCACCAAAAGCUGGAUCCCCCAAACAUGAAUCUCCUAAAGCUGUAACCCCCAAAUCUGAAUCUCCAAAACCUGGCUCCCCCAAAUCUGAAUCCCCAAAACCUGCUGGAUCCCCCAAAUCUGAAUCUCCAAAACAUGCUGGAUCCCCUAAAUCUGAAUCCCCAAAACUUGCUGGAUCCCCUAAUUCUGAAUCCCCAAAGCCUGCUGGAUCCCCUACUUCUGAAUCCCCAAAACCUGCUGGAUCCCCUAAAUCUGCUGGCUCCCCCAAAUCUGAAUCCCCAAAACCUGCUGGAUCCCCCAAAUCUGAAUCCCCAAAACCUGCUGGAUCCCCCAAAUCUGAAUCCCCAAAACCUGCUGGAUCCCCCAAAUCUGAAUCCCCAAAACCUGCUGGAUCCCCCAAAUCUGAAUCCCCAAAACUUGCUGGAUCCCCUAAAUCUGAAUCCCCAAAACCUGCUGGAUCCCCUACUUCUGAAUCCCCCAAAUCUGCUGGAUCCCCUAAAUCUGAAUCCCCAAAACCUGCUGGAUCCCCUACUUCUGAAUCCCCAAAACCUGCUGGAUCCCCUAAAUCUGAAUCCCCAAAACUUGCUGGAUCCCCCACAUCUGAAUCCCCCAAACCUGCUGGAUCCCCCAAAUCUUUAUCACCAAAACCUUCUGGAUCCCCCAAAUCUGGAUCCCCAAAACCUUCUGGAUCCCCCAAAUCUGAAUCCCCAAAACCUGCUGGAUCCCCCAAAUCUGAAUCCCCAAAACUUGCUGGAUCCCCUAAAUCUGAAUCCCCAAAACCUGCUGGAUCCCCUACUUCUGAAUCCCCCAAAUCUGCUGGAUCCCCUAAAUCUGAAUCCCCAAAACCUGCUGGAUCCCCUACUUCUGAAUCCCCAAAACCUGCUGGAUCCCCUAAAUCUGAAUCCCCAAAACUUGCUGGAUCCCCUAAAUCUGAAUCCCCAAAACCUGCUGGAUCCCCCACUUCUGAAUGCCCAAAAUCUGCUGGAUCCCCUAAAUCUGCUGGAUCCCCCAAAUCUGAAUCUCCAAAAUCUGGCUCCCCCAAAUCUGAAUCCCCAAAACCUGCUGGAUCCCCCAAAUUGGAAUCCCCAAAACCUGCUGGAUCCCCCAAAUCUGAAUCCCCAAAACCUUCUGGAUCCCCUAAAUCUGAAUCUCCAAAACAUGCUGGAUCCCCUAAAUCUGAAUCCCCAAAACUUGCUGGAUCCCCUAAUUCUGAAUCCCCAAAGCCUGCUGGAUCCCCUACUUCUGAAUCCCCAAAACCUGCUGGAUCCCCUAAAUCUGCUGGCUCCCCCAAAUCUGAAUCCCCAAAACCUGCUGGAUCCCCCAAAUCUGAAUCCCCAAAACCUGCUGGAUCCCCCAAAUCUGAAUCCCCAAAACCUGCUGGAUCCCCCAAAUCUGAAUCCCCAAAACUUGCUGGAUCCCCCAAAUCUGAAUCCCCAAAACUUGCUGGAUCCCCUAAAUCUGAAUCCCCAAAACCUGCUGGAUCCCCUACUUCUGAAUCCCCCAAAUCUGCUGGAUCCCCUAAAUCUGAAUCCCCAAAACCUGCUGGAUCCCCUACUUCUGAAUCCCCAAAACCUGCUGGAUCCCCUAAAUCUGAAUCCCCAAAACUUGCUGGAUCCCCCACAUCUGAAUCCCCCAAACCUGCUGGAUCCCCCAAAUCUUUAUCACCAAAACCUUCUGGAUCCCCCAAAUCUGGAUCCCCAAAACCUUCUGGAUCCCCCAAAUCUGAAUCCCCAAAACCUGCUGGAUCCCCCAAAUCUGAAUCCCCAAAACUUGCUGGAUCCCCUAAAUCUGAAUCCCCAAAACCUGCUGGAUCCCCUACUUCUGAAUCCCCCAAAUCUGCUGGAUCCCCUAAAUCUGAAUCCCCAAAACCUGCUGGAUCCCCUACUUCUGAAUCCCCAAAACCUGCUGGAUCCCCUAAAUCUGAAUCCCCAAAACUUGCUGGAUCCCCUAAAUCUGAAUCCCCAAAACCUGCUGGAUCCCCCACUUCUGAAUGCCCAAAACCUGCUGGAUCCCCUAAAUCUGCUGGAUCCCCCAAAUCUGAAUCCCCAAAACUUGCUGGAUCCCCCACAUCUGAAUCCCCCAAACCUGCUGGAUCCCCCAAAUCUUUAUCACCAAAACCUUCUGGAUCCCCCAAAUCUGGAUCCCCAAAACCUGCUGGAUCCCCUACUUCUGAAUCCCCCAAAUCUGCUGGAUCCCCUAAAUCUGAAUCCCCAAAACCUGCUGGAUCCCCAAAAUCUGAAUCCCCAAAACUUGCUGGAUCCCCUAAAUCUGAAUCCCCAAAACCUGCUGGAUCCCCUACUUCUGAAUCCCCAAAACAUGCUGGAUCGCCUAAAUCUGAAUCCCCAAAACCUGCUGGCUCCCCCAAAUUGGAAUCCCCCAAAUUAGGAUCCCCCGAGGCAGAGUCCCCUAAGGGUGAGGCCCCAAAACCAGAAGCUCCAAUGUCAGAGGCCCCCAAGGCUGCAGAAGAGAAAGUAGACAAAAAGACUGAUUCAGAGGAAGAGAGGAAGGUAGAAAAGAAAGAUGCAGCCAUGAACGGAGAUGUGGAGAAGAUUACCCCAGAGGACAAGGACAAGAAGGAUGAGGGUGGGAAAGAGGCAGAGGAGAAGGAUGUUAUCUCAAAUGGAGUGGACGAGAGCCCCACUAAAGAUGACCCGGACCAGAAAGAUGAUCCAAAGGACCAGAAGGUGGUCAUCACCAAAACGGUGGAGACCAUCACCACUGGAGAGGACGGGGCCAAGCAUGUCACCAAAUCGGUCACUGUCACCGAGACUGUGAAGGAGUCUGAGGAUGUGAUGCAGGAGAAGAUAGUCUCCAGCAAGAAGAUGGAGAAACACUCUUCCCAGUCCGUCAAGGUGGUGACUGAAACUGAGUAACUGCGCUCUAUCCAACCCACUCAGGAGGAACAAAGAUGACACGACAACAAGCAAUCAACCCAGAACUAACAUAAAGAAAUCAUAGAGCUAGAGCGAUGUAAUAAAAAUAACCACUCUCAAACAUACAGAAAAGCAACGAGAGAAGCCAUAUGAUGUGACAGAGCUAACAUUUAAAAAAUGCAUGUUGAGAGAAAACUUUAAAUGGGUUUUGCUGCAGAUAAUAUCAGGAAAAUGUGAUAGUGGGACAGAUUAUUAAUUGUCUUUAUGUUUCCCUGCAGUUCACGGGAGGGCUCACGGGUGGGGGCGUCUGCAUGCUAGCUCAGGGAGGGAGACCCCUCCACUCUAACCUGUAUGGAUGGAUGGAAGGUUUACAGUUUAGAUGCAUACUGUAUGUGGGUGGGAGAGUGAUAGAAAUGUAUGUUCAUUCAAAUGUUAAUUCAAAAAGGGGUGCCUGGGUUGGAGGGUCCACUUUAGAGACACAUGUUCAAAAGGACUAGCCUUUUUAUGUGAAGAUACCAACUGAGCCAAAAAUACAAUCGUCUACAACACAAUAUAGUGAAGAAUGAGAAAGACGAUGGUGCAUUGUACUGAUGAUCAUAAACAUACAGUACCCGAAGCAACUAAAGCAUUAAGAACCUUGAAGAAACUCUGAGCCUUAAACAUGCUUUUUAUCAGUAUCUAUUAUGUUUACCUAAUGAGUGCCAUUGAAAAUAAAUAUGUAAAUGCGCACACAUACAUUCUUGUAUGCAUAGGAUGGACUUGAAUUUAAAUAGCGAACUUAAAUGAGGUGCUACAGUUUGCAAUCCCAUGUCUUUACUCAUCAUGAACUAUUUCCCAGCAGCAUUUGCUCAAUAAAUGUCAUACUGAAAUACAAA